CAUGCCGGCGAGAAGCCCUACAAGUGCGGGGAGUGCGGGAAGGGCUUCGGCUUGAACGCCGCCUUGGUGCAGCAUCAACGGAGCCACGCUGCCGGCAAACCCUACCAAUGCGGUGACUGUGGGAAGAGCUUCGCCUGGAGCUCCCACCUCGACCGCCACCGCCGUAUCCACAUGGGUGAGAAACCCUACCGCUGCGGGGACUGCGGGAAGAGUUUCUCCCAGAGUUCCCACUUGGAGAGGCACCAACGCGUCCACGCCGGCGCCGAGCAGCCCUGCCAGUGCACCGAUUGCGGGAAGAGCUUCUUGGCCUCCAACAAGCGCCGGCGGCUGUUGACGGCCACCACCGAACGACCCUGUAAUGAGUGUGGGAAGAGCUUCACGUACCGGGCAGAGAACGUCAAGCACCAGGGGACGCAGACAGGGGAGAAACCCUACACCUGCCCCGAGUGCGGGAAGAGCUUCGGGCAAAAUUCGGCGUUGGUGAAGCAUCGCCGGAUGCACACGGGAGAAAAACCCUACAAGUGCGGGGACUGCGGGAAGAGCUUCAGCGUCCGCUCCAACCUCAUCAAACACCAACGGACCCACCUCGGCGAGAAGCCCUACAAGUGUCCCGACUGCGGGAAGGGGUUCAUCCAGAAGUCGGACCUCACCAAGCACCGCCGGAUGCACACCGGGGAGAAGCCCUACAAGUGCAACGUCUGCGGGAAGUGCUUCAGCGUCUCCUCCAACCUCAUCAAGCACCAACGCAUCCACCUGGGCGAGAAACCCUACCAGUGCUCCGAGUGCGGCAAGAGCUUCAUCCAACGCUCCGAGCUCACCAUCCACCAACGCGUCCACACCGGCGAGAAGCCCUACAAGUGUCCCGAGUGCGGCAAGUGCUUCAGCCGGAGCUCCCACCUCAACCGGCACCAACGCACCCACGCUGGGGACAGGAGAUUUUUAUGCACCGAAUGUGGGAAAAGCUUCCGCCACAGCACCUACCUCCUCUGCCACCAACGCAUCCACUCCGGAGAGCGUCUUUAUCCCUAUCUGGAAUGUGGGAAAACAUUUACCUGGAAUUCCCACCUGAAUUCCCAUCAAAAAACCCACCGGGGUGAAAAACCUCAUCGUUGUCCCAAAUGCCAGAAGCGCUUCAGCCGCCGAUCCAACCUCCUCCGGCAUCAGCGCCUCCACACGGAUGAUAUUCCCUAUCUUUGUUCUGAAUGCGGGAAAUGUUUCAGCGCUCGCUCCAAUCUUUUCCGUCAUCAACGUAUCCAUCGUGGAGAAAAACCCCUGGGAGAAUGCCGGGAAUGCGGGAAAAGCUUCGGGCAGAGCUCGGAUCUCAUCCAGCAUCACCGAACCUACACGGGAGAAAAACCCUUUGGGUGCGGGGAAUGCGGGAAAGGAUUCCGGGCCCGUUCCGUCCUCGACAUCCAUCAGCGGCUCCGCACGGGGGAACGACCCUACGAGUGCCCGGCUUGCGGGAAAAGGUUCGGAUAAAAUUCCAAUCUCAGUCAGCAUCGUCGGAUCCGUGCGGGGGAGAAGCCGUAUCCCUGUCCCGCCGGCGGGAAGAGCUUCCGCGGCCGCUCCGGCUUGGUCCGGCAUCAGCGGCUUCACCGGCCGCGUGGAUUUGGGCCGGAGGAAAAUGGGGAAAAAGCAAGGGGAGGAGGAAUGGCCCCGUAA